CGAUGCCGCGGCACGGCAGCACGGCGGCGGCGCUGGGCACGGCGCUGCUGGCACUGGCGCUGGCCCGCGCGCAGAACUACGACUACUACGGCUGGCAGCCCGAGAGCCAGCCCCACGGGCGCUACUACGGCCGCGAGCCGCAGUGCGUGGACAUCCCGGCCGACAUGCAGCUCUGCCGCGACGUGGGCUACAAGCGCAUGCGGCUGCCCAACCUGCUGGAGCACGAGUCGCUGGGUGAGGUGAAGCAGCAGGCGGGCAGCUGGGUGCCCCUGCUCGCCAAGCAGUGCCACACGGACACGCAGCUCUUCCUCUGCUCCCUGUUUGCGCCCGUCUGCCUCGACCGGCCCAUCUACCCGUGCCGCUCGCUCUGCGAGGUGGUGCGCGACUCCUGCGCGCCCGUCAUGGAGUCCUACGGCUUCCCCUGGCCCGACAUGCUGCACUGCGCCAAGUUCCCCUUCGACCACGACCUCUGCAUCACCGUGCAGUUCGGGAACAGGCAGGCCACGCCGCCUCCAGUGCCCAAGAUCUGCACCCAGUGCGAGAUGGAGCACAAGGCGGACGGCAUGAUGGAGCAGAUGUGCUCCAGCGACUUCGUGCUCAAGAUGCGCAUCAAGGAGAUGACGGAGGAGAACGGCGAGCGGCGCCUCGUGGCCGCCCAGAAGAAGAAGGUGCUGAAGCUGGGCCCGCUCAAGCGCAAGGACACCAAGAAGAUGGUGCUGCACAUGCGGAACGCGGGCGCCUGCCCCUGCCCGCAGCUCGACAGCCUCAGCGGCAGCUUCCUGGUGAUGGGCCGCAAGGCGGGCGGCCGCCUGCUCCUCCUCGCCAUCUACCCCUGGCAGAAGCACAACAAGGAGAUGAAGUUCGCCCUCAAGUUCAUGUUCUCCUACCCCUGCCCCCUGUACCAUCCCCUGCUCUAUGGGGCUGGGCAGCGCUAGGGCCCUGCCCGCCCCAUCGCAGGACUCUUGCCCGCGCCAAUGGGGCCAGAGCUCCGACCCUGCUCUGUGCCCCAGGACCCCCAGCUGCACCCCUGGGAGCUCCGCUCUUCAUCCCCGGGAUUCCCGGCUGCAUUUGUGGGAGCCUGGACCUGCGCCUGGAGCCCUGCCUGUCCCUGGAGACCUCUGCCCGUGACUGGGAGCUUGGGCUGCACCCAGAGCCCUCCCACCACAUUCCUGAUCCAGCGGGAGCCCUGCUCUGCACCRGGACCCUCCCCUGCCGCAUCUGCCCAGCACCCCUGGAGCUGCCCA